UCAAAAUACCACAUUGUUUUCAGUAUUUUGUAUAGACCAGGUUUUGUGAUAUGGAUGGAGCUCAUGGAAGUCAGUGUUCAGCACUGUGUUUACAACAUUUACCAAAAUGGCCUCUACUUUCAGUAAAACUGUAGAAUGCUCUAAAACUGUGGAGCAAAUUUAGAAACUGGGUCUUUAAUUUAAGGUGACUCAUAGUUUAUGCAGGAAGAACACAUAGUUAUUCGCAGACACCGUUCUCCAUCAAAGAAUGGAUUUUAGAAAUCCGCAAUUUUCGUCAUUCCAACACAAAAUAUACAUUUUAGCUCCGUUUUCCGACGACCGUUGAAUGUAUCACACCUCGCGCUGUAGGUGUCUUAUUAAGAGAACAAACUAAAUUCGGACAUAUUUGUGAUCGUUUAAGUGGUAAAAUUUCUAUUUCUUUGCUCUCCGUUAAGUUUAAAAGUAAAAUGUUACAAUUACUUAAAGGUAUUUUUAAGUAAAUGUCGAACACAACUAGGAAAUAAACCAAUGUUUAGGAAUGUUUGCGAGCAUUUCCGUGGUGAAUUUCUACAGAGUUUUUACAUGAAAUGUUGAGAAGCUGGAUCAGCUGGAUCUUGAAGGAAGGACGAUUAUUUAUAAACCAGAGACAGAUCUUUAACGUAUUAUCAACACCCGAGUGAAAAUCUGCUCCUGCUGAGACUCAGCGAAUCAUCAGAUACGGAAAAUGAAUGAAAGCAGCACCGUUUGUAACGCUUCUAAUGAGGCUGAGAUGGAUGAAGAGGCGAUGCUUUCAGACCAGGAAUCUGUCAGUUUGCUGCAGGAUCUUCCUGCUUUCCAAAGCAGAUCGUCUGCCGUUUCAGAUUCUCAUGAGAUUAAAAACAAACCGGAGCUGAAUCAGCAGAAAAGAGGGAAACUGAAGUCCUGCAGAGGUGAAAAGUCUGCGUCUUCAUCACGAUCAGGAAAAGUUCCAACUGAAAAGAAGCUUCACAAGAGAAACGCGAAGGGAGAGACUCUUCUUCACAAAGCGUGUCGGAGGAAAGAUCUGCCUCAAGUCAGAAUGCUCCUUCAGGCUGGAAUCAGGGUCAACAUGGAGGAUUAUGCAGGAUGGACACCUCUGCAUGAGGCCUGCGUUUCUGGAGACGAGUCUGUGGUGGAGGAGCUGCUGAGGGCUGGAGCUAACGUUAACGCUCUGAGCUGUGAGGGCGUCACACCGCUGCAUGACGCUGUUUACAGUGGACACCACCAGGUUGUGAAGCUCCUCCUUGAGAACAGCUCAAUCCCUGCCGACCAGAACGUUGGUGGAAAAAGUUUGUUGGACAUGGCCGAGGACAGGAGUAUGAAAGAGCUACUCUUGAGUUUCCAAACAUCCUAUGAAGACCAGAUGAAGUCUAGCAAAGGGGCAACACGAUGCGGCGAACCAGACCUUCAUCCAAGAGAGUCGGGUGACACAGGCGGAGAAUCUACUGAUGUUCAGCUGAAACGGAUAAAUAAUUUCAGAGCAGUUCAGAACAGUUCAGAGGCGGUUUCAGCGCUUCUGGAGGAUGCUAGGAGGAAACAAGCAGAAAUGUCAACCUGGCCUCCGAAAGAUCUCAAGGAUAUUGGGAGAUGCAAAGAAGUUUUGUUGCAGAUCCAAAACGUUCUGAUGAAUGUUCUCGCCAAGCAGCGUUUAGAGAAGAACGAUCUGACCCACAAAUUCAGGGUCGUGUCUCACCACCUUUGCCGCCGAGUCCUGAAAAGUCAGUUCUUGUCUCUGGCUUCAAAUCAGAGACAUUUGGUGCAACUCCUCCAGAAACAAAUGCAACUGGAAGAAGCUUUCACUACAACAAAGGCUAAAAUUUCAGUUCAGUCCUUGAAUCAUCAAGUCAGCGUUGCUGCUCCCACUCUCCCUGACCUGCAGAGUGAGGAAGCCGGAAGCUGGAGAAAUGGUCCACAAACCAGAGCCGCUUUGCAAUUUUUCUCCAAGAAGAAAGGAAAGAAUGCGUUGAUACAAAGAGGGGCUAACGAUGAUGGUGGAGGUCUGCGUCAGCUCGUACAGAGCGGCGUACUGCCCAAGGGCAGCGAUUUGCAUCUGACAUUAAAGGGUAAGCAGCAUGUUGCACAGGUUCUCUCUGGUGGCGUAAUAAUGAGCAAAGGGAAGUCGUAUCGGACUCCAGAGUUCUGGCUGGAAUCCAUUCUUGGUAAUAACAUCCCUGUUGGCUCCAUGUAUGCUCUGAACAAGAUGACUUUCAGAGACAAACCUUUGUCUUACUACUUGCUGAACUCAGAGGCCAAACAAAAUCUGUCUGAUGUCCGUCUUCAUGCUGACAAAGAUGAUUCUACUGAACCGGAGCCGAGUUUAGAAUCAGUGGACCCAUAUCAGCUCUUACGAAGAAUUCGUAUCAUCCAUUUGGUGACCCCUGAGGAGAUGAUUCCAAACGCUGUGAUGGAUUUGUACUGGGACAAGCUCAUGAAGCAAGACCAAGUAGAGUUUGACAACUGGGAGCUUGAACUCUAGCUGUGUCUUUAUAUUUAUGACCCUGUAGGGUUCUGUUUUAUUUUACACUAUUUUAUUUUAUGUGUAUUCAGUACAUAGUAGUUUGUUCCGGCUAACUAAAGUCAAUUGCAAUUACUUUGUCAUAUCUAGGGGAAAUAGCCAAAAAUGACAAGUUAUCAAAUAAAAGUGCUAGUAUAAUUUGUAUAUUAUGGAAAGUUUAUUUACGUUUGCUGAUUUUUUUGUAUAAACAAAAAAAUUUGUUUACACAAUUUUUUAUUUUUUAAAAGUAUUUCUCUUGAGAGUCUUUAAUCCAGCUUUUACGGAAGACCAGAAAGGUCAACAAAAAGCAAAAGCUGCAACACAACAGCAAAGAACCACAUCAAAAGUUAUGCUAUCAGGUUAACAUAACCUCUGUUGUUGCUUUUGUUGUUGCAUUGUUGUUUUUGCACUUUGCUGACCUUUCUUGGCCUCUCUCUAUUUCAGAGUGAAUUCAAGACGUUUUCCACCGACUUAGAGUGACUCUAAUCAGCUGAUGUACAUAAUUUAUGAGCCUUUAAACUGCCGCAUAUUUUCAUUAAAUGGAUGCUUUUAUUUGUUCCCCAUAUGUAAUUUUUUUGUUUCUCUUUUCCUCUUAUCAAAACCUACAAACUGUCAUUGCAAAAGAAGAGACGUGUUUGAUGCAGACUGUUGCAUUCCUGUGAUCUGUGUUUUGUGUUGUCAUUGUUGUGUAGAGAUACAGCAAUGCUGCAGCAGAAGAAAUAAAACAAAAGGAAUCUC